ACAACUCUCUCACACACACAACACAGACACACAUUCUCAGAAAGGGUUCAGACAAAACAUCCACACUCUAGGACAGAGCAACCAGCAGAACAACAACAAGCUUUUGGUCUUUAAUGCUCUCUCUCUCUCCCAAAACACAAAUCUCUUGAUUCUCUUUCAUCUUUUCAUGAAAGCAGAAAAACAAAACAAAACCCUUGUUUCUCUCAAAAACAAUAUUUAAAACAACCCCUUUAAUUCUCUCUUUUACAGUCCAUAUGAUGAUGAUGACAAUAAUUAUAGGUUAUUUGAGAUGAGAUUAUGGCUGCUGCCUCCUUGUUAAAUAUUAUUAUGGCUCAAAACAACAACACCAACAACAAUGCAAGUGAUGAUGUGAAGCCCACUAUUUUACAUGACUUUCUUGGCCGCGGAUGCGCUGCUCCCGCGGCCAGGUUCGCCGCCGUCAGCGGCGGCUCUGGCUCUUCGCCUUCUGCUUCCGCCUCUGGCGGCGGCGGUCGUGGUGGUGGACCAGUCUCCACCACUUCUGAUCUGGGUUCUGAAAGGCAGGCCGGAACACUUUUCGAAGGCGUGCCGUUUUUCGGUCAUAAAACCGAUCUUGCAGGCUCCAAGAUUCGGUACUCAGGCGGCAAACGCAGUCACUCCGAUUCGGGCUUUUUGCCGCCUGCACGAGAGGUUAUCCCCCAGCUCCGGCCGGAUUUUCCCGAGACCUCACAUUUGAUGAAGAUGCUGAGAAAUGUGGGUACAGAGAGACCAAGAUGGCCCCAUGAGGAAGAACCAUUCAUGGGCAUGCAUCAAAUGAGGCCAACAACAUCAUCAUCAUCAUCAUGGGAACGAGCCAUCCCUGUGAAUGUUGGGCCUGUACUACAGUACCCUCCACGUGCAGCGGCUGGUCAAGUUGUGCCUUACACUUAUCAACCAACAACUUCAAACAGGUUCAAAGAUGCCAAUGUAGGUCCCCCAUUGAUCUCCCAGUCAGCUGCUGAUGAAGGGUCCAGAACUGGGAUCAAAGGGUCCGGGAUUCUGAGCUCGGUAGCUGAACCGAGUAAGUUAAAGUCUUUGAUCGGUAACACUGAGGCCGGUUCUUCAACUCCGCAUCCUCAUCAAGGAUCGGCAUCGGUUAGUCGGCAGAUGACCAUAUUUUAUGGUGGUCAGGCUCAUGUGUUUGAUGAUGUUCACCCGAACAAGGCAGAUGUGAUUAUGAACCUAGCUGGAUCAAAUGGUGGAUCAUGGUCAACCAGCUUCUUACCAAAGCCAUCUGGUGGUGAGACUAUUUCUUUGAAUGGAGGGCAAGGUAGCGUGUCGAUAAAAGAUGCAAGAGGAUCCGGUGCAGAAGACAAGAGUGGGGAGAAACAGUGAAGUGGAAACUUUAAGGUAAUUAAAUCAUCACUAAAUGGAUGAUUAUUGUUGUAGGGAGUUGGAUUAUGGUGUAAUUUAGCUAUAAUCCUAAUUAAUUAUGAACCUCUGCAAAUUAAAUGAUGCAUAUGAAGUUGUAGUUUGAAUGGCAACAAGAUUCAGUUAAAGCUAUAGAGUUGUUUCCAAACUUGUA